UGUGUUAGAAUAUAUCAUAAGCAUUGUUAAGUAGUGGUGAGUGGGUAUCUUCUUCAUUCAUUCAUUCAUUCUUCACCUACCGAGACUGUAUUGAAGAAUAUGGAGAAGAUGAAAUUCUCUCGGCAGGUGGAGUUGUGGCAGAACAUCAUGCAUCCUGUUCGUAGGUUUUGGAUUUCCAUUGCCACACGUUUUGGAAUUCGUAAAACUGGACUAAAGAAGCUAAGAAAUGAUGUGAAAUCUUGUGAAUAUGAAGAUAUUCGUGUGAUGUGGGAGAUGCUAAACAGAAAUGAAUCAUUAUCAGAGUUUGGUGGUGGUAAUUCUCCAAACAAAAUCAAGAAGAUUCAUUACUUGAAAUUAUUCAAAUGGGCAAGGUGUGCUGCUCCAUAAAAUUCUCACUCCUAAUCAUGUGUGUGAAUUUAUUUCUCUUCACAGAAAUUAGGGUUUUCUUGCUUCAAUCAUGAAUAAAGAGAAUAGGGUUUCAUGUUGAACAUGGUCUCUUCUCUCGUAUGAAUCAGCUCAAUUGUUUCAUAGUUGGUGCACAUUGUGUGUGAGUGUUGUAAAUUUCGGGGUACCGAGUUUGAUUCCUACUGAUGAAAAAAACUCGAUCAUUUUGUAAAUAUCAAAUGUAUCAACCAACUUGAUGUAGCCACCCUUAUCGUAUAUGAAAAUAACUAAGUGAAUCAUCAAUUUAGUCCUUGAAGUUGUUAGAAUCAAGAAUUUUGAUCUUUGAAAUUAACAAAAUUCCAAAAUGGUUUUUGAAAUUAAAAAUUCUCGAUCACAUUAGUGCAUAUAGAACCUUUUCGCACGAACUAAAUUGUCUGACGCAAAAUGACUAAUGUGAUCUGGGGGGAAAUUUCGGUUACGAUGAUCAUUUUAGAAUUUCGUCAAUUUCAAGGACUAAAUUUUUCAAAGAUCUACAAUUUAAGGACUAUAUUUGUGAUUCACUUGAAAAUAAUGUGUAGUUUUGUGGUGUGAUUCAUCAUCUUGUUAUGUUCAACUAGACCUUCAUGUAUUGCUUUUGUAGAUCCAUGUAAUGUGUCUCAGAUUUUACCUUUGUAUCUCUUGGUUUUGUAUCAGAAAUAAACUAUCUGCAUUAUGCAGAAUAUCUUACCUACUGUGUACUUGAUAGAAUUAAAUCAAAAGAAUUUCAGUUUUUUGCA